AACCAUUUCCGCACCGUCUCCUCUUGAUUCCGUUCCGUUCCUCGCCCUUCUCUUCCCUCCCUUCUCCCCCUCACGUUCCCCCUCCGUCGCCGGCGAGAGGGAGGCCUCGUCGGUCCCGCCAAUGGCCGCCUCCGUCCCCAACGGGCACCCCGCCGCCGGAGGAGGGACGCCCGCGGUGCCGUCCUCGUCGUCGCUGCUGUUCCUGGGGACGGGCUGCUCCAGCGCGGUGCCCAACGCGCGGUGCCUGAUCCAGCCCCCCGACCCGCCCUGCGCCGUCUGCUCCCAGUCCCUCUCCGUGGCCCCCGAGCUAAAUCCUAACUACAGGUGCAAUACUUCUCUUCUGAUUGAUUAUUGCCAAGAUGAGGCACACAAAUAUAUUCUGAUUGAUGUUGGGAAGACAUUCCGAGAACAAGUUCUACGGUGGUUUGUCCACCACAAAAUCCCUUGUGUUGAUUCCAUUAUUCUGACCCAUGAGCAUGCUGAUGCAAUCUUGGGUCUUGAUGAUAUUCGGAUUGUUCAGCCAUUUAGUCCUACCAAUGAUAUUGAUCCAACUCCAAUUUAUCUAUCCCAAUUUGCUAUGGACAGCAUUGCCCAAAAGUUUCCUUACCUGGUCAGAAAGAAACUAAAGGAAGGGGAGGAGGUUCGGCGAGUUGCUCAACUUGACUGGAGAGUAAUCGAAAGUGAUGUUGAGAAACCAUUUGUGACCUCAGGGCUAGAAUUUGUUCCCCUACCGGUGAUCCAUGGCGAGGACUAUGUUUGCUUGGGUUUCCUUUUUGGAAGAAAAUCAAAAGUUGCUUAUAUAUCAGAUGUUUCACGGUUUCCUCCAAGCACAGAACAUGCAAUUUCAAAGUCUGGAGGGGGUCAGCUGGAUUUGCUCAUCUUGGAUUGCCUUUCUAGGACUGGUUCUCAUAAUGUGCAUCUUUGUUGGGAUCAGACGCUGGAUGCUGUUAAGAGGAUCUGCCCCAAAAGGGCAUUGCUCGUUGGGAUGACUCAUGAGAUGGACCAUCACAAGGACAAUGAAACAUUAGAAGAGUGGUCCAGAAGGGAGGGGAUAGAUGUGCAGUUAGCCCGUGAUGGCUUGCGUGUCUACAUUGAUCUGUAAAUUUGACAAAGGACAUCUGCUUCUUCAGCAAACCUCCAUCAAGUUUCCAGCUGCUGUUACCAUUCUGCUCCUGAUGAGAAAAUGGAAAGGAAAAAAAAAGAGGCAAAUGCUGCUUUGAUAGCGUGCUGAUCUUCUUAGUCCAAACCCAGUAGAUACAGUAGAAUAAUUCAUCGAACCAGGUUCCAUAUAUAAUAGUAAUAGUCAUAAUAAAAGUUAAAGCAGUUGCCCAUUGGAGAAGAGCCUGAUUCCCACAGAACCCGAGUUCUUGUAUAUGUUGUCUUGAGAGAACUAGUUGAAGUUUCUUGUCUAUGAUAGAUGCCGUGUUGCCCGUUGGAGAAGAGCCCUGAUUCGAAUGAUCAUGUAAAAUGGGUUUUAGCAGAAGCCUAUUUGAAGUUUUUUAGUAAAAGAAUUUCGUCCAAUUGAUGUUUUCUUCUUCGAAAUACUUCUACAUGAAAGAAUAUUAAUGGCCUAUUCGGUUUGGAGGAAAAAACAAAGAAUUGGAAUUUCUAAGGAUUAA